AUGCCAUUGCAGCUGGACGAUGCUUCAGAACAAGUUCAGAUAUUGCUGCAAAGCAUGACGAUUCUCGUCAAGCUAGCCAUGAUGGACAGUGCUACCUACCAUCAAUCACUCCAGAAGAACCAUGACAACAAUACUACAACAUCCCACAAAAGCACUGUCUGUCAGCUUCAAAAGUCCCUAGAUAAUCUGCAACAUCAAUGGAGACUCGAAGAAACACCGGCCAUGCAGCUCUGCACUCUGAUUCAUGGCUUUCAUGGAACCAUUUACAAUCUACAGAAAGAUGCCGAAGAACAGGCAACACUAUACGAACAACUCUACCAAAAGACCCAAGACUACCAAGAACGCAAUGCCAAGCUCGAACGGGCUCUUCUCAAACUACAUGCGCAAAAUGCCAAACUCGCUGCCAAAGUCAAGCAGCGAGCCACGGAAAAGAAAUCCCUAGUCAAACACGUGCAAGGAUACGCCCAACAAGUCAAGGAUUUUCAAAGGGAACAACAGCAAUUGGAAGAACGCACCGUUGCCUAUCAGCUGCAAGCGCAUGAACAGUUCUUGCAGCAAACACCACCAUCGCGCAGACGGUGCGUUUCGAAUGACAUUCCAUUGAGCAUUGCAAACAGAGCUCGGGGGCUGUCGACGGAUAGCAACUUUAGUGAUUUGGAUGCUCUAGACUUUGGUACCAGUAGUGGAUCCAAUCAUCAUGAUCAUCAUCAACAGCAACAGGUACUGCUAAGUGGUGUCGGUAUCUCUUCUAGCAGUGAUGAUCAGUCAUCCGUCGCGUCGUUAGUCACCGAUGGGGGUGUUGCCACGGUUCGUUUGACGGUGGAUCAGCAAAUGUCUUGCUCUUCCUUUUGUUCCUCUUCCCCGCCCUGCACCCCCAAGAGGGAAGCCACACUCAAGGACAGUAAUGGCGGCAUGUCGUCCUUUUUGCGAAGCCCUCCUUGGCAGUCAAGGGCCAGGGCCACUCCGCCACCGGUAUGGGAGAUUACAUUCCCCGAUGCCACGUCUAUUGGGUUGCAAUUUGAAAGGUUGGAAGUGGAAACUCUUUCCAAUCAUAGUAAUGUUGACUGGCUUACAAAAUCGCCUCAGAGGAGGCCCAAGGGAAUCUUGAACCAUGUCAUUGUGGAAGACGGGGGGCCUCCUGCCCUACCAUCACUCCGCCAUGAUGAUGCGCACAUGGACGAUGAGGACAACAAGAAUUUCUGGACCAAAGUGUUUGGUGGUAAAACAACAACAGAUACAGAUCAACCCAUGGACCACCACCACCAAAAGACGGUUGGGCCAAGCCACAGUAUCUUUGUGGUUUCCGGCUUCCAAGGGUUUCACGACGAAACCGAUCGCCCGGAUUUGGGUGCUACACUGGUUUCCAUCAAUGGCAAUCCAGUGAAUGGAACCUGGUCUUUGGAGGACCUACACAAAGAGUUGCUGGCCCGAGCUCAGCGCCAACAAGACGACAAGCCAGAGCCAAAGAGCGGGAACGAAGAACCUGCAAAACGGGUUACCCUUUGCUUUCGUCAUGAUCCCUUGUCAAAGUCUGCGAGAGAACGCCUGGAAAAGGCAAACGCAGAAAGAAACGAAGGAGGGAACAAUCCCUCCUCGAGCAACCACCACAACGCCGACGUUGAAAAGGUUACAGAAGGAGGAAGGAGGAGCUCCGCCAGGUUCGGUUUUCUCAAGAUGCAGAGUCCCGGGCGCACUUUGAAGGAAAACCUUCAUCAGAAUCAAACAGCGGCAACGGAUCGGUGCCCUUCGCCGGAGAAAGUACCGAGGAUUACCACGCCCAAAGGGGGCAGUAAGGUGAGCAGCAUGAUUUCGUCAAAGCUUCCAACCUUCUUCCAAGUUAAGGAGGAACAAGGGGAUGGAGCAAAUACAACGACACCAAAGUCAAGAACAAAGGUGAAUCCUCCCUUCUUCCCAGGUACAGCAACAACGCAAAGGGACGAGAAUGAAACAAAGGAUGAAGAUAGUACUGGUUUGUCUCAACGAGAUGACACAGGAGCGGACCCAGACCACAAGCCACCUACUCCAUCAGCCAACAUUUUGUCGUUCUUGUCAUCGCAAAAGCUAAAAAGAGACAACUCUGUCUCCACUAAUACGAACCCUGCAGUCACUGCCUCCGCCGCAGAGCAAGACGACGCAGACAAGUCAGUCGAGAUCAGUUUUACCGCGACAAAAGAUACCAAUGAAGGAAACGACCCGUUGGGGGAGACAACUUGCACCAAGGACUCCAAAGAGGCUCUUUUUGCAUCAUCAGAAAGCGAAGGCGACGAGACCGUCGAGAGCACCGCGGUUGGUAGUGAAGACUCCUCGGAAAGGGCGACAGGAGGCGGUGACAAAUUUUCUGAGCAUGUUCACAAGUCCAUUUACGCGCUAGUUGGGUGA